AGAAGACGAUGGAUUACAARCUAAUACUUUCUUGGACAGCAACAGUUUCUCAGAUUGGUCUUCUCUUAACGGGCACGCAAGUAUGUUUCAAAAUAAUCAGAAGUGGAAACACAGGACAUAUAGCAUUAUUUCCUUUUGUUGCUUGUUGUUUGAGUGGUAUAUUAUGGACAAAAUAUGGACUUCUUAUAGAUGACUUCCCAAUAACGUUUGUUAGCGGUGCAGGAAUGGUUUCACAAAGUAUAUAUAUUUUUAUUUAUUAUAUCAACACAAGAGAAAAAAGAAGUGCUGCAAUAAAAAUUUUAUGGUCAUUUUUAGGAGUAACGUCAGUUUUAUCAUAUAUCAAGUAUUAUGUUGAAGAUCUUGAAACGGCGAUUAGRCAUCUUGGACUUAUAUGUAGUGGGUUUUCAGUUGCAGUAUAUGGCUCACCACUUGUAUCAUUGGCACAAGUUGUGAAACAGAAAAGUACAGAAUAUCUGACAUUUUCUUUGUGUCUUGCUAAUUUUGUUGUUUCAUUGCAAUGGUUCAUGUAUGGACAUCUUGUACAAGAUGCUUACAUUAAGCUACCAAAUGCACUAGGAGUAUUAUUAAGUGUCAUACAGCUGUCUCUGUUUAUUUUAUACCCUUCUGCACCUCAAAGAACUGUCAUAUAUACACCUGGAUCGAAACCGUCAAAAUUAGAGAUAUAGUUUUAUCAAAAAGUAAUAAAAGAUUAAUUAUUUAUGUAUUUUUGAAUA